CUCAGGAAAUUUCCAAAAAAAUAUCCAUCCCUACCCUAAGCCCUAAAACUGUCUCUAAACCCUAAUCGAUUUUGGGUUUCUUGUGCGCUGAUAAUCUGUGUCUGCGACUGCAGUUUCAUUAAGGACUCCUAGGACUGGAUCGAUUUUGAUUUGUUCCAUAAAAUAUUCUAUCACGGAUAAGUUCUUCUAGUCGGGUGAGAAGAUGAUGGUGGGGGAUGAAGAGCCACGCCCUACUGAUGAGUGGCCUCCUCCCACCGAUACAAAGGACGCCAACUCUUCUAGGCUUCUCUUCCUCACUGUGAACCAGAACAACUUUCAGGUGCAAUAUGUGGAGGGGGAGCCGUCUGCUGGCUACAGCUCGGGUCUGGACAGUUUCUCAGAGCUGGAGCAGAGAGUGGUGAGCCCCCUAGACCCCAACAUGGGCUGUACUGCGUGUUACUCUCCAGUGUACAGAGCCGGCUCUCCUCUCAUGUCAGGUCAAGGCUACCUACCAGUGACUUCACCCCCUCCGGCGGAAGAGGGAGGAGUGAUAGUGCUGAGUGAGGGGAUGGAGGGGCACCUGAGUGGGGCUGCAGCGGGACCGGCUGUAGCAGACGACAGCAAACUGUUGCUACUGGCUGCAGACUCAUCCCAGCCUACAGAGCUGGUUGUACCAUCAGAGGGUUGCUGUGACCAGAGACUGGAACUUCUGUUGAGCAAUGGAGCAAUUGCUUACGGCAUUGUUGAAUCAACUGACGCCAACGGAACUGGAAGGUUUAUUCAGAUACCAAGAGAAUAUUUGGUGGCUGCCAGAGCUCAAAACAGCGAACUCCCUAUCGAAGACAAUGGCCAAAGUGAAAACCUGCAGGAAGAAAAUGCACAGGAUGAUAAUGGGCAUUUGCGAACUUUGUACAACACACUGAGAGAGCAAGGUCUCAUAAUUGAGCUGAGGCUGCAGGAUCAGAAUCAGCAGCUGAUAGAUCAGUCACUGUCUCUACCAGUGCUGCAGAACUUCUCUGAAACACAGUCUAACUAUCAGCCGUCUGCUGAGGACCCGCCUCAAGAACCCAUUGAGAGACGAUACUGGUGCGAGGAAUGCAAUGUUCUAAUGGACUCGGAUUGUGCUGAACAUCAAAUAAACAGGAAGAUAAGUGACAAAGCUGUGCCUUCUAGAGCGAGAGCUACUCUGCCUGCGUCCUAUCUGGCCAUCAACAGGGUGUCAGACGAAGUAGAAGAAUACGGUGUGUUUGCACGGAAGACUAUACCAAAGCGCACUCAGUUCGGCCCCAUAGAGGGAGUGUUAGCCAAGUCAGGGGAGGUGGUGGUGUUGCAAGAGGCUCCGACUCUCAAACUCACCAUAGAGUCUGACUCCGGCGAGUUCCGCAUUUUGGACGUCUCCAACGAACAUAUGUCCAACUGGAUGAGGUUUGUGAGGAGAGCUACCACAGAUAGACCUCCCAAUCUGCUGUUGUCUCAGCUAGGCAACUCUCUCUACUUCACCACAACGCAGAUGAUACAUCAGAAGGAGGAGUUACUAGUGUGGUACAGUCCGUCAUAUGCUGUCAGACGUGGUCUGCCCGCCAACCCCCCACCGAUUGAGUGGCCAUGUUCUACCUGUGGGGUGAAGCUGAAAACAGCUGAAGAACUGGCAAAACAUUCAAACUGUCACAAAGCUACAGCUGUGAAAAGAGAAGAGAAGUUGAGCAUCAACACACUGAAGCGUAGAAACCAAGCGAUGGUUGCUUUUGUGAAGAAAGACAUAACAGAGCGAAACAACCCUUCUAAGCUGAAAUAUGAGUGUGCCAUAUGCAACAAGAGGUUCCCGAGAGGAGACAGUCUCAAGCAGCAUAUACUGCUGUUACAUACUCGUGAGAACAAAUACCACUGCAAGAUCUGCCACCUCGGGUUCUCCCACUCCUACAACAGGCUCAGACACAUGAGGAAAAACCACCCUAAUCACAAAGACAAUAAAUUACCGAAGAAAACCGCUAGCCGUUAUGAAUCCUGGUCUUGUUCACAAUGUGACCUGACAUUCAGUACCUCCAGCGUACUGAACAUCCACACUCUAGUUCAUGCAGCCAAGAACAUCGAAGAAGAGAUCGUCGCUGAGAAACGACCAGAUUACUGGAGCUGCCCUCAGUGUUCUCAGAAAUUCACCGACAAGAGGAAACUAGCCAAUCAUGUGACACAGCAUGGAAAGAACAAACCGGUGAAUGAUCAAAAACAUCAUUGUGAUGUGUGUGGGAGAAACUUCAUUUCAUCUGUGAGAUAUCAGAUCCACAGAGAAUUGCACGGAGAAGAAGACAAGAAACCGCAACAAUGCAAUAUUUGUUUCCGAAGGUUUAUGACCAGAUCUGCCCUCAUGUGUCAUCUGAAAAUACACAACAAUGAAGUCCAAUACGAGUGUCCAAUGUGCAAGGAAGCCUUCUGCAAUAUUCUGGCCCUCAAGAUGCAUGUUCAUUCUCACGCUGUCAACGGAAUUUACAAUUGUCCCCAUUGUCAAAAGAGAUUUGAUGAGUACAGCCAUGUCCGUAAGCACAUCCGGUCAUUCCACUCAGCUCGAAAUCAUAUUUGUGUGGAUUGUGGGAAAUGCUUCCCAACUCAGGACAAGCUGCGGAUGCAUUUGCUCAAACACUCGGACCAUCGUGAGUUUUUGUGUUCCGACUGUGGCAAACAAUUCAAGCGCAAAGACAAACUGAAGGAACACAUGAAGCGGAUGCACUCCACAGACAAAGACGCAGACCGGAGAGCUGCAGAGAGACGACCGGAGAAGAAAAUGCUCUCAAAACUCAUGGUUAACUCUUCAGAUUAUGAGCGCUACAUCUACAAAUGCCACUCUUGUAUGUUGGGCUUCAAGCGAAGAGGGAUGUUAGUAAACCACUUAGCCAACCGACAUCCUGACAUCACUCCGGAGUCUGUGCCUGAACUCAACCUUCCCAUCUUGAAGACGACUCGGGACUACUAUUGCCAGUACUGUGAUAAGAUUUAUAAAAGCAGCUCAAAGAGAAAAGCUCAUAUUUUGAAAAACCAUCCUGGAUUAGAGUUACCCAUGAGCAACCGUCAAAAGGGUGGAGUUCCGGAGAUCCCUGGUUUGCCUAACCCUACAUUCUCACAGACAGUUGGCAGCAUCACCACCACACCUCACAGCUGUCAAUGGUGUCACAAGCAGUACGCUAGCAAAGCCAAGUUGUUGCAACACCAGCGAAAGAAACACUCCAACUUGUUGCCUCAGACAGAGCAGGCACCUCGAGCGCUGAAAAAUAUAUCAACCGAAGACAACAUUGUGAUUGAGAAAACCAAUGCAGCGUUUGAAAAGAAUUAUGGAAGUUCUUCAGAUAAACACAACUAUGGUGUCAGUGUUGAUAAAACCAGCCUCAGAAAGAUGGAAAUCAAGAGUUACAAGAUAGAUAAUGGCUACGACGACAAUGAUGAUGAUGACGAUGUGGAAAUUACACCGGUUCCUAUUGCAUUAACCACCAACUCGAGUCAUCAAAUGCCCAGCAUGAACCAGUUUCAAGAGUUUGAGAUUAUUGCAGCUGAUGAUGAUAAUGGAGGCCAUGGGAUUUUGAUUGAUACCUCAACUAUCAUUAAACGUUCAUCUUACAAGAAUGACAACAUAUCAUCAGACCUACUGUCCCAGGCUAUGUCAGAGAUUGGGGUGUCAUUGUCUGACCUGCGUGCAUUGUCCAUGCUCCAAAAUCCCGCGGACACUCUUUACACCCCGUACCCUCGCUGACUCACCCCCUCUUAAGCUGCUGUGAAUCUCUGGCGGGGUCUUCAUCCCCUUAGUGGCUGUUUGCGGCCACUUCAACUACCAGAUGAAACCUGGUAAUCUCGUUGAAGGAUCUGUCUCGGGUUUCCCUCGGUCGAGCUUUGUUGUUUGUGAAUGGGCUUUCAGGAGCGGGUUUUGUUCAGACCGUCGGAAAGUAAUGAGAUGGUACGACAGCGAGUUGGUCGCUUUGUGAUGUUUUAUAUGUAUAUUGUAGUUAAGGUAAUUGUUAACGUAUCGUAAGAUUCGCUCCAAGAUACAAGUGGAUUUAACCUUAGAUAGAUAUUUUGGAUAGGUGAUCAUCUACUGCGAAUGUGUUUUUAACUUUUUGCUAUGAGGUAUUUCAAAGUAAUCUAUUUUUCUCGUUAGAAUGUUGGUAGAGUAGAUUGUGUCGGAGCACAUUUCGCCGAUUUUCAUGUUCCUUCCUUCGAUAUCUGUCCAUUCGAUUUCACUCGUCGGUUAUGCUUUAGUGAGUAAGUAGAUGUAAGAUGUCGCUCUUUCAAAUAAGUUUUGGAAUAUUCUGUGUCGAGUUGAGGUUUGAUGCGAUUAAGGUGGUUUUGCUUUAGGGUUUUUAUCAUCUGUGGGACACAAUAUGUUGAGUUUGAUAAAUUUUGUUGUAUUAGAGAUUUAAUUGUGCUUGAAAUGUUCUUAACUUUAUUAUCAAGUAGCAAACAUUAAUCUUACGACUUUGCACAAUAAAUUUUACAAUUUCGAAUAAGUGAUAGACGCUUAUAAUUAAUGAGCUUAGAGUAUAUUUACUUGAUAAUCACGUGGACCAAUAGCAAUAGGAAGCUACUGGGAGUCAAAUAUCCACUAAGCUUUCAUAUCAGCACAAUUUUGUACUAAAUGACUGAUUUUCAUCAAAACUGUUUUCAACAAUUGAUGUACGUGGUACUUUUUAUUACUUGAAAAGAGGCAUUUUUCUAUUAAAGAAAUAAUUUAAGAAAAGUAAUCUCUCAAAAGUAACACAAUCUGAUUGUCUUUCAAAAGUGUGUGUGUAUUGUGGACAUAAUCAGUGUUCAUUUAUGUAAACACGAUUUAACUGUCUUUGUGAUUCUAUGUUGUAUAACAAUUUGGUGUAUUGCAUUUUCUAUGUCUCGACAGGGUGUUAAAAUGAUAUUUACCACCUAUAUAUUCAACAGUUUCAAUUAUUUUCCCUCCCCUGAUAUUAAUGUUUGUCGUUUAUUAUUUGGCAAUACUGAACAAAUCAUUAUAACUUUUUCUGUCCAUAUUGUGAUCUAACAAUCUUAGUUUUAAUCACUAAUAGUGGUUACCACAGUGGAUGAAAUCAGUGUUAUAAUGUCUUUCACAAUUCCUUUUUAUGCAAAAUUAUACAUAAUAAAUGUUUUUACCGUCUUUCAUGACCCAGGAGCUUACCGAUUUUAUUGGUAGUGAGUAGUUUUGUAUGUUUGCAUCUUGAUUACUGUUAAGAACAUUUUUAUAGUGUUGUCAAUUUUCCUAACACCAUUACCCCAUGUUUUGUAGUUUUAGAACUAACUUUAAGAAGUGUUUUGCUUGUGAUGAAAACGACUUAAAGUUUUGUAUAGAUUGUUGAAUAACUGCAUGCAUAGUUUGAAUAUCUUUUUUAUCCUAAGGCUAAGAAAUAGAUUUAUUCUAAACGCUAGUAGUGAUUUUAGUGUUACUUUGGAUUGAAGAGUGUUUUACCCUAAUGACUGAUUAACUUGUAAAUUGUUUAAUGUUAGUAAUUUCAUCGUGCUUAACAAUAAAUUUUUCAACCAGAAUAGGUAUAAAUUAUAAUUAUCUCAUUUUGAAAAAGUUAUUGAGUGUUUCUUAAAACUUUACAUGUUUUACUGUAAUUUAAUUGAUAAUAGUUAAGUUUUGUAUGAUUUCCAAAUUUGUGGCAUCAUAUAAAUUAAAUCCAACAUAUCAUAGGUUUUAAAACCAUAAGAUCAGCCAGACCAAAUACUUCAGCUUUUAUCGGCUUCGGUUGCUACCGCAGACUGGUUAAAAAACGUGACACUCAUAUUCUGUUAGCAUUAUGUUUUGAGCUGUUGAUUCCCUUUGUUUAAUGUUAAUUCCAUCAUAGAUUUUAGUAAAAACAUUACACAUCAGGUGAUUUUAAUUGAUGAAAAUCAAGGGUAUUCUUGUGAGAAACUGGUGUUUAAACUUACAAUUUGUCGGAUUUGCCUUUUCCUCAGUUUGAAUUGAUUUCAUAAGUUAGCCAUUUUGGAUGUAAAAUUUGUCAUCAAUGAAUUUGUUUGUGUCAUAAAAGAAAUUUAUUUGUGAAAUAAAAUAAUUGUACAUCUUUAGAAGUGAUACAAUUUGCAGCAUAACUAAGAAUUGUUUUUUAAAAGUAUUUGAAUUAUUAGCCGUAAUUAAGGUAUACUUGCCAACUUUAUUAUAUACUUAAUAUACAUUAUUUUAGUAUUUUUUAAUACAUGUUUUUAUCUAUAUACUCCCGUAUUGUUUUUCAAUGACCAAUUGUCAAACAUAUCUUUUUAAAAGGAGCUAAUUUGAUUUUACCUUGCUUUAAUUGUACUAUUCGAGUUUAUUAUAUUAAGCAAAAACAAUUUUGUGGUCAUAUGAUGUCCACUAUAACGCUUGGUUGAUAUUUUGUGUCUUUGUCCUAAGACGCUAGGCACGAGCCUGGGGGUUGUUUUUCACAUUACUUCAGACUAGACCUAGGGGUUGUGGCAUUAUCAAUUAGAUCAAAUCUAUAGGUGAUUUGGUGAUAUUUGAACCCGGGACCUCAGGGACUGAAGUCCCGCCCUCUACCACUAGACCAGCUUGCUCCCUGAUA